UACGAAGAGCCGUUGUCAUUCGUUGAGCACGUCAAGAGUCACGUGAAAGGCAAAGAUGCACGCGGCAUAAGGUGUCAGUGGAUGCGUCCGAAGCCCUCAGGAUCUCCAAAACCAUGUUCUGCCGCCCUCGUAAAAGGGGUUCGAUCUCAUGUCCUCGAUUACCACACUGUGCCGCGUCUGCUUUGCCCGUUUUGUCUGACAGCUGCGUAUGGGAGCAAAUCGCAACUGCUCUACCAUAUCUGCAAGUGCGCCAGAAACCGGCACCAAAACGGAGGCCUAGGCAAAACCUUAAACGACGUGUGCAUGAGAUUGUACGGCCAACAAAACCUAUACCAAUACUUCGGAAACCUGAAGAUCCUUCUUCCGAUCAGAGCGACCGCGCCAGAUUUAGACGAAAUUAUCGGUGAUUCGGAUGAGGAGAACAUUGAUGUCCACGCCUCACUGGCACAACACACUCAACCAACCGAGAAACUUACACUACCCCAGCUGAUUCAACGUCUUCAGAAGAUUUGGCAGAACGAGAAAUUGUCGCCGGAGCUUAUGACGGCCCAUCCUGAUCUCGUCGGGCUGAUCCACUCCGAACUGUCCAAGUGCGAGUCUCAGGCCAAGGCAUUUCCUAAGGGUGACAUCAGAGCACAGCUCAUUCUCAUGCAAGCGGAGCGUCUACGAUUUCUUCUUUCAGACUACCUCCGAAUACGAAUCAGGAAGAUUGAACAGUAUCCGGAGCACGUACUAAUGGAGGAGAGGGCGAGACUGACGUCUGAAGACCCGCACCUAACCGCCGCAGAAUUCAAUUAUGCCAAAAGCUAUACCACCCUCAUAAUGGAUCACCUACGUACUACAGUGCUAGACCAUCUCCCCGUGAACAUGCGAAAUGUUGAUGAGAAAACUAUGGCCUUUCGUCCAAACCUGGAUAGCUACGUUUUCUGUCGAGUGAAUUCACGGAUCGAUGCUCACGAACUAUCUGAUGCCAAUACCACCAGCGACUCACAAGUGGCUUUUACAAUGAUGCCAGGUGAAAUCCAUCUUCUUCCCUAUCGUGUUAUACGAGGUCAUACGGAGUCAGGUGCCGUAUCACUUCUCUAA